GCGUGUUGACGUCACGGCCGGGUACUCGAGGAGCUCCUAGGGCUGCUGGCUGCGGGCGGUGGGCUGCCCUUCGCUUGCUGGGCUGGGUGCCUGGUCCCGCCCCACCGAGCCCCACCCCGCCGCCCCGGAGAUCCCUGGAGGGCGCGACCACUUAGCCACUGUCUCCGGGCCAGUCUGGGGCGGCCCGGAACCACCCGAUGAGCCCUAUAGUGUUCUGGUUGCUGCCAGAAGUAAUACAGAGAAGACUGGGCAGUUGGCUUGACAGACUUGGCUGCCAUUCAGUAGGAGCCCGCAUUCCCUCUCCACUCUUCUAGGAAGGCAUGAGAGAUUGUGGGACUUCUGUAAAAUGGGAGUCUCUUCUCUCUAGGGAUGGUGAAGUUGGGAAAAGGUUCCUUUAACCCUUCUCCGGGAUGAACCACCUGCCAGACAUGGAGAAUACACUCACUGGGAGCCAGAGCUCCCAUGCUUCUCUGCGAGAAGUCCACUCCAUCAACCCCACACAACUCAUGGCCAGGAUCGAGUCCUAUGAAGGAAGGGAAAAGAAAGGCAUAUCCGAUGUCAGGAGGACUUUCUGUUUGUUUGUCACCUUUGACCUCUUAUUUGUAACAUUACUGUGGAUAAUAGAGUUAAAUGUGAACGGAGGCAUUGAGAACACGUUAGAGAAGGAGGUGGUGCAAUAUGACUACUACUCAUCUUAUUUUGAUAUAUUUCUUUUGGCAGUUUUUCGAUUUAAAGUGCUGAUACUCGCAUAUGCUGUAUGCAGACUGCGCCAUUGGUGGGCAAUAGCGUUAACAACAGCAGUGACCAGUGCCUUUUUACUAGCGAAAGUGAUCCUUUCAAAGCUUUUUUCCCAAGGGGCGUUUGGCUAUGUGCUGCCCAUCAUUUCAUUCAUCCUCGCCUGGAUUGAGACAUGGUUCCUGGAUUUCAAAGUGUUACCUCAAGAAGCAGAAGAAGAAAACAGACUCCUGAUAGUUCAGGAUGCAUCAGAGAGGGCAGCCCUCAUACCUGCUGGUCUUUCUGAUGGUCAGUUUUAUUCCCCUCCUGAAUCUGAAGCAGGAUCUGAAGAAGAAGCUGAGGAAAAACAGGACAGUGAAAAACCGCUUCUAGAACUCUGAGUUCAACUUUAUAAAAAUGUGAAGAAAACCCUCACUGAAGUCAUCCGAGGGAAGAAGAUGGAGAUGGGGUCUCCCUAUUGAUAGUUGAAAUGGCGACAUCCACUGCUGACUUUGUUGAACAGCUAGUAAACUUUUAUUUAUGGUGAUACCUCACGGACAUUUUCCCACAUCCACACACAUUCAGUCUCCUGCCUCUGGCUGGCCAGGUCAUGUCAUGAUUAUUCCUCUGUUCAGUGAGACUGAGUCUGACUUGUCAAUGAAUAAUUGAAGGAAAGUUGUGUGUGUGCUGUAUCCUAAUCAAAAGACUUCUUAAUAUGUUGAAAUAACACUUUCUAGUAAGUGAAAUACCUUUUAUUUUAAUUCAUAGGAUGAAAUUUUUUGUUUGUUUCAUGUCUCAGAUUUCUUUUGUAUUUCAUUUAUUAACACCCUACAUUUCCCUUGUGUUUUUUUAACUCAUGCACAUGUGCUCUUUGUACAAUUUUUAAAAGUAAUAAAAUCCAGCAUAUCAAAAUGA